AUGGCAAGAUGCCCUCUGACGUCUCCGAUGACGCGACCCGUCGCAGCCUCUAGUACGGCAGCAGGAAGGAACCGACGUUCCUCGCCUGGGAAGGAAGCUGAGGCGCGCAUGCGUGCGUGGCCGGGUAGGAAGCGACGGGGCGGAGCUUGCAGGUGCGCGAGAGAAGGCAGGGCGGCUGUCCGUCCAAUAGGUGCCUCUUCUGCGCGAACUCCUGCGCAUGUGCAGAGUGUGGCGGGGCUUCCUCGCGCAGCGGGGUCCCGCGAGAUCUGCGCGGGGCUCCCGCAUCUCCUUUGGGGUCGCGAGGGAGAGAGGAAUUCCGCCGAGGGACCCGACCCCCCGCCUUCGGGGACCCGAUUCGGAAUCUGCUUGGCGUUUCUAAUCCUCACCUCAGGCAUUAUCUCUGGCUCCGAAGAGUCGAAAAGGGUGACGACAUUAUUCUUCAGCCUCCAGGCCUCGCUCCUCUCAGUAAGUGCCGCUGGAUAUUUGCCCUUUACUAAGGAAGGGUUGGGGGGGCAGCGGCCUCCCCCCAAUCAAGUAAACAAAUAAAAACGCUAAACUAAAAGUAGAAAUAAUCAGAAUAUAUUUUUGCAAAAUACUUUCAUUAAAUAUUUUACUUUAGACUUUUUAAAAUAAGAUGGAAAAAAUCAUGUUCUUUGUAAUUUUGCAAAAUAUUUCUGCCGCAUGAAAGGUUCUCCCUGAUGUAACUUCCUAGUUUUCAAUGAUUGAGGAUUUUGACAGAAUUUUCUGAACACUUGGGGUCAAAAGAAAGUAGUUUAAAACAACUGUUGUUGAGGCAUUCCAAAUCUGCAAGAGAGCCAGACAGAAUGGUGACAGGUGCAUGUCCCUCCCCCCCCAGCUAUGCCUUCAGUGGAGGUAGGUACUGCACACAGUGUUGAUGUCAGCGAUCACAUGGUCUGCAGGUUUUUCCUUGCUGUGAGGUUGUGUUCAAGUGCAGAACUUGACCUGAUCCCAUAGGAGUGAAUGGCAGCCAUUCAGUAUUGUGGGAGAAAGUAAAGUGGAACACUUCUUCACACCAAGUCCUGCUCUUAGUGAUGCAGCGAUUGAAAACUAAGGCAUUGAGCAACUGGCCUCUUCCUAUCUGAAUGGCUCCAUUCUGGAUUGUUUUGCUUUAUUGUGCUGCAAGGUAGGAGACUGGCUUUUAUAUAGAUUUAGGGGGAAACUGCAUGAUGCUUCAAUGAGGAAUAUGUGAGGGGCAAAAAUGAGGCAUAGCACUCAUAGUUGUGAAGAGUUAGGGUUUCAGGGUCUCUUAUUCACAGCCCUCUGGUUCCUAGGGUUUAAAGGCUUCCCUUCUUGAGCCCUUCCCCAUUGGUUUUAACUGUUGUCUUUGAUUGGCAGGUGGUUAUAGUGACUCAGAAAUGGAAGGCUCUACUGUGGAGGAAGAAGAGGAUUGCCCUGAGCUGAUUCCAAUAAGAGAACAGCAGAUAAAGGACCAUGCAGGACAGGAUAUUCCAUAUAAGAUUCCUGUUACCAUUAUUACUGGCUAUUUAGGUAAUAAACUGUAUGCCAAAUUGUCACUGUAGGGUGCUUAAUAAUGCAUUUUUAUUAUUAUAUGGAACUAUGAUUUGUUUUAUUUAAAAGUAGUACAGUGGUGCCUCGCAAGACGAAAUUAAUCCGUUCCGCGAGAGUCUUCGUCUAGCGGUUUUUUCGUCUUGCGAAGCAACCCUAUUAGCGGCUUAACGGAUCAGCGCUAUUAGCGGUUUAGCGGCUAUUAAAGGCUUAUCGGCUUAUCGGAUUAGCUGCUAAAAGGCUAUUAAAGGCUUAGCGGCUUAGAUAAAGGGGGGGAAAGCGAAAAAAAAAUCUCAAGACUCGCAAGACAUUUUCGUCUUGCGAAGCAAGCCCAUAGGGGAAUUCGUCCUGCGAAGCAACUCAAAAACUGAAAACCCUUUCGUCUAGUGGGUUUUCCGUCUUGCGAGGCAUUCGUCUUGCGGGGCACCACUGUAUUACAUCAAUUUUUGCACUUGUCUUGUUUUCCUUGUAUAUGCUCUAUACUAGAGAAGAGUAUAGUAGAGUUCAUGUAAGAAAUUUAAACUAAUGUAAAAAAAUAAAUAAAUUGUGUUAUGAAUUAAAUCCCUGUGCUGUUGACGUGAUGUGAUUAGAGAGCAAGGAUGUUCAGGUCAGUUGUUGGAGCAUCAAGCCUGCAUUUAGAAGCAAAGAAAUGCCUUAUACUGCUUCUCCUUGUGAGAAGCUUACAUGCAUUGUAUAAUCUCUAGGUAAAUCAGAAGUCAAGAUGCAAAUAUCAGUCAUGAUGCUGAUUCCCUACUUUGCAGGAUUUGAGCAUCUGUACAGGGCUCAAUUGCUAUCACAGAUAAGUUUUUGAGUUCUAUGACAGCAAGGUGAUGAUGGUGCCUUGGCAUCUUUUAAGGGGGUAGAGUCAUGGUGCGCUUCUUGACCACUAAGAAACAUCAUUAUUUUUAACUCAAAGACAUUUCUAUAACUUUAACUGAAUCAAGAACUUAUUAAAAUUGCAUUUUUUUAGCCCCCAGAAAUUUGACCAAAGUACAUUGAAGUUUAUUUCCUAGUUUCAAAGUUGGUUUCAUAAGUUUCUGAAGAUAUGCCAUGAUAUCAAAUCUAGGAGUUUUCCAUUGUUCGAUGUAGUUGUUUAUAAAUACUGGGAAAUGAGUUUGUAGUGAUCAAAACACACACAUAUACUGGGUGUUAAAAUUACAUGAUGAAGCAAAGAAAGAAAUGUUUUUAGUGUAACUUGAAAAAUGUGCUGUGUCCCAUAAAUUUAUAUUAAGAACAUGAGGUCCAUCUUAAGACAAUAUGUGCAAUGUUUGUGAAGAGAUCAGGAAUUAAGAUUAACAUUUCAGGAUGUUCUGGUCACUGCCUGUAAAGUUCUAUUUGAAAGCAUAUUUUUACUUCUAAGUUGUAUAUGUAUUCCCCCCCCCAUUUUCUUUGCAUAAAAAGUUUGUUCUGUUUUUUUAGGUGCUGGAAAAACCACUCUUCUUAAUUAUAUUUUGACAGAACAGCACAACAAGAGGAUAGCAAUUAUUCUAAAUGAAUUUGGUGAAGGUAUGUAUAACUAUGCAUAAAACAAAAAGGUUUUGUAUAUCAGAGCCUAAAUCUUGUAAAAAUAAAAAUGUUCUUGAAACACUUUGCACACUUACAUCCUUGAGAGAGGAAAAAACUCAUUUUUUAUCUUUUAAAUUACAGUGGUGCCCCGCAAGACGAAUGCCUCGCAAGACGGAAAACCCGCUAGACGAAAGGGUUUUCCGUUUUGGAGGUGCUUCACAAAACGAAUUUCCUAUGUGCUUGCUUCGCAAGACGAAAAUGUCUUGCCAGUUCCUGCGGGGUUUUUUUCCUUUUUCCCAAGCCGCUAAACCGCUUAUCAGCUGCUGGCUAAGCCGCUUAUCAGCUGAUCUUUAAGCUGCUUAACAGCUGAUGCUAAGCCGCUUAUCAGCUGAUCUUUAAGCCGCUUAACAGCUGAUGCUAAGCCGCUUAUCAGCUGAUCGUUAAGCCGCUUAUCAGCUCAUCGUUAAGCCUCUUAUCAGCUGAUGGUUAAGCCGCUUAUCAGCUGAUCUUUAAACCUAAGCCGCUAAUACUGUAGCGCUAAGCCGCUAAACCUCUAAUGGGCUUGCUUCGCAAGACGAAAAAACCCGCAAGACAAAGAGACUCGCGGAACGGAUUCUUUUCGUCUUGCGAGGCACCACUGUAUUUGAAGUACAGUUGUUGCUUAGAAACAUGUACAUCUGCUCACCCAGCCGUAUGUGUUUGGGUGCUCUUUGGUAUUAGACUAAUCCCUGUAGGCUGAAUACAUAGUAUUUUCAACCAGCACAAAGGAGAACAGGCCCAAAUGUUCUCAGCUGACUUUUCAAGGUAUGAAGUACUUUGUUUGAUCAGCUGGGAUGGCAUUGUUAUAGGAUAUUAUAAUCUAGACUGCUCUUUAUGAGGUGUGGAACAAAAUUAAACCCUACCUGAAUUCUCAUUUUGUUUAGUAAAAGGUGCAUACCUCACUUGUCACGUCUUCAUUCAGACAUCAAUCCAUGGUCUUCAUCUAGUUUAGAGAAGAGGCUCAGCAAUACAAAUUGUCUGAAGAGUUUCCUCUUUCUUACUAUAUUUUCCUUUUACCUCUUAUUCAUGUUAGUAUGUUAUAACUGAAGUAUAGGAUGGUAUGAAGUAUGAAAGGUUCUCAGCCUAAUUAAAAUGGAGUUUGAUUUGGACUUAGACUAGGAUUUUUUUGGCCACCCUUGGCUAAAGGUAUAAUGUCUUAGUCCGAGAAGAAUAUAAGCCAAGACAUUUUGGAUUCUGCUUUGUGACUGCUGGAGCUUUGAUCAUUGUGCCUGCUCUCUCACGUUUAUCAGACAGAAUGAAAAUUGAGUGUAAGACACAAUGUUACAGUAGUAUUUUUCUUGUAUUUUCAGGAAGCGCCUUGGAAAAAUCCUUGGCUGUAAGUCAGGGUGGAGAACUCUAUGAAGAAUGGCUGGAACUCAGAAAUGGAUGUCUAUGCUGUUCUGUAAAGUAAGGGGUUUUUUUAAGGUAAGGUAAAGGACCCAUGUGGCACUGUGGUCUAAACCACUGAGCCUCUUGAGCUUGCCGAUCGCAAGGUCGGCAGUUCAAAUCCACACAACAGGGUGAGCUCCCAUUAGUUUGCAAACCCAGCUCCUGCCAACCUUGCAGUUCGAAAGCAUACCAGUACAUGACCCGGAAAAGCUGUCUGCAGACAAAUGCCGGCUCCCUCGGCCUGAAAGCGGAGAUGAGUGUUGCACCUCAUAGUCAAAUUCAACUGGACUUAACUGUCCAGGGGUCCUUUACCUUACCUUUCACCUUUUAAAACAACAACCACUGACUUUAAAAUUGAUCCUUUUCCUUUUAACUCAUGUGUCUUCAUAGUUCAGCAUGAUUCUCCUGUAGUUAUUAAGUAGUUCUCCUGUGGCAGGAACCAGUUGGUGAGAAUUCCAGUGUUAAAAAAAAUACAUAAUAUAUUGCUGUUUAUUAAAGUUGUGUUCUGCCUUCAACCCAUAGAUUCCCAGGGCAGUACAUAGCAACCUACUUAAAACACAGAGCCAACAAUAAAGAAAAUAAGUAUCAGAAAAAGACCUCAAAGAUCAAACAGUCUAGCAGCAGUUGAGAUCAUACAUCAAUUCCCAUAGGUCUGAAGUAACAAAUGCAACUUAAGCUGAUGCCUAAAAACAGUAGAGGACAAAUGUGGGGAGGGAGCUCUGCAUUUGGGGUGCCAUUAUUCAAGAGCUCCUGUUAUGUGCCAUUACCCUGAGAUUAAGAGUCUCUUGCUCUACUGACUGAGCUAUUCCAUGAUCCCAUUUUGUGGAGCCAGUCAACAAGCUGGAGGUCACAUUCUGCACCACCUGGAGUUUUUAGACCACCUUCAAGGACAGCCCCAAGUUGAGAGCUUUACAAUAGUCUAAGCAAGAGGUUGUAAGAGCACUUAUUACUAUAGCCAUGCUAUCUUGGUUCAGGUAAAGAAAAAGCUGGUGAACCAGCCAGAGAUAGGCAUAGGUGUUCCUUUGCCACAAAAGACACCUAGGUUCCAAGUGGCAGUGAUGACUCCAACAACAGCCACAAGUUACAAACAUCAGAAGAAGGAUCUCUCUUCAGAACAGACAUCUCCCAACACGAGGAACCACUCAACAUCAAUCUCUUCAUCUUACCAGGAUUCAGCUUCCAUUUAUUGGUCCUCAUGAAUCCAUUGCUGCCUCCAGAUACCAGUCUAUCACCUGACUUGUUGCAUGUUAUCAGCAUACUGAUGGUACUAUACUCCAAGCUGCUGGGCAACAGAUCUCAACUGCUUCAUAUAAAUGCUAAAAAGGUGUAGAGAUAAGAUGGGAUUGCAGGACCCCACAGCACAAGUGCCAGGGAAACUAAACAAAGGUCUCCCAGUGCUGCUCUUUGGUGUUGGUCUUGCGAAUAAAAGCAGAGGUCUUGUAGUAUGGUGUUUCCAACUCCCAGCCCACAGAAGCUGGCCUAGGAGAAUACAGGAUCAGUUGCAUAAAAAGCCAUGGAGAGAUUGAGGAGAAUUAACAGGGUCACAGUCCUCCAUCCCUUUCUUCAGAAAGGUCAUCAGUUUGAGAGACCAAAUCUAUUUAAUUCUGAACCUGGGUCUGAGUCCAGAUUGAAAUGUGUCUGGACAGCUUCAUUCAGAUGCUGUUGGAGCUCACCAUGCAAAAGGGGGCAUUUUUGUCCAGGCAUUAUUCAAUACCUCUGUGUCGAGAAGGUCUUCUGGAGAUGGGGCCUUACCACUGCCUCCUUCAGGAAGCUCAGAAGCAAUAAGGACUUUGAUUUUGUGUGCAUUUUCUCAUUAUUCCUAUUCUUUUUUAAUAUGAGAAAAAUGGCUUAUAGGGAGACUUAAUAAUAUUUUUUGCAAGCUGAGCUAGAUGAAUCAAAUUCAUUUGUGUUUUAAAUAAAUAACAUUAGCCUCUGUAGGACCAAACCUGAAAAUUAGUUGCUUUUUUAAUGAUUUCAUAUUGAAAUCAAUGAAUACAGUGGUACCUCAGGUUACAUACGCUUCAGGUUACAGACUCCGCUAACCCAGAAAUAGUGCUUCAGGUUAAGAGCUUUGCUUCAGGAUGAGAACAGAAAUUGUGCUCCAGCAGCGUGGCGGCAGCAGGAGGCUCUAUUAGCUAAAGUGGUGCUUCAGGUUAAGAACAGUUUCAGGUUAAGUACGGACCUUUGGAAUGAAUUAAGUACUUAACCCGAGGUACCACUGUAUACUGAAGAAGAUGCAAGAUAGCAGAAAUGUGCUGAAGGUUGGAUAUGUGAAAGCACUUUUUAAAAAAAAUUAGGAUGGAUUUUUAAAACAAGCUUCCAAUUACAGGUAUGAGGUACUGCAGUUCGUAAAAGUUUUUUAAAAGCCCUGAUGAACUUAUUAUUUUAUUUAUUUGCUACACUUUGCUACACUUUUUACUGCCUAAUAACCAAAGUUCUAUGAGUGAAUUACAAUAAAAUUUAUUACCAUGUAGAUUUCUAAUUUGGAUACUAAAUACGUUUUAGGAUAGUAUUGUGUUUCAUUUAGAAAGUACUGUAGCAUAAAUAGCAAUAAAGAUAAUUCCUUUUAAAUGAUUUCUUUUUUCAUCAGGGACAAUGGUUUGAAGGCUAUUGAAAAUUUAAUGCAGAAGAAAGGCAAGUUUGACUACAUCUUGCUAGAGACAACUGGAUUGGCAGAUCCAGGUAAAUAUAAUUUGGGGAAGGGGAUGGAUUAAGAGUGCCCCAUUGAAUUCAGUAGGAUGUGGUUAGGAUUGUGUUGUGAGAAUCUGGGUUGAAAUUUUUCUUUAUGGGAUGAGCAGAAAUGCAUUGGGUAUUCCGUUGUGCCUCUGUCAGGAUGUAGAUGUAGCUUAGAUACAAAAGAAAAAGAAUGGAAUUGUCAGGAAACAAGAGUAGCCGAAGGUGAUUCCACAACAACCAUCCUUUCUGUCAAUAGUGCAUCUUAUAACCCCUACAAUUCAAGAACCUGAUGGAUCAGACCAAAGACCCAUUUAGUCCAGCAUCCUGUUCUCACACUAGCCAACCACAAACAGAGAGAGCAUUUUUUGAAACCUAAAGAGCAACAUCAAUGCAAAAUCUUGCUCCUCUCAAACCUCUAGUCACACACACAUUUAUGGCAUCCAGGAGUGGCUUGUCAGUGAGGCGAGGUGAAGCCAUUUGCCUUGGGUGGCAGAUCUGCCCCCCAGCCCUGCUGCCAGCCCUGCCACUCCUUGGCUCACACUGCUGCCACAGUGCUGUUGCCUUCACUGCUGCGUCCUUGCUGCUGCAUUGGCAGUAGCGUGGGGGGCAGGUGAGGGGACACUUGUGUGGCGACUUUGGGGGUGGCUUUGAGCAUUUUGCUUACUGUGACAAAACAUCUCAGACCAGCCCACAACAGCUAUAAUUAUAUUUGGUCUAAAAGCUAAUCUGAGAAAGCCAGGAUAAAAAAAAAAUUGCUUAAGAAUUCAUAUUUAGGAUUUGGCUGUUUUCCAUGGAAAAAGCUGGGUGUCUAGACCUAUUACAAGAUACAUAAUCUAGAUGUAAUCUUUCUUAUUUAAUUCUAGCCCCUUGGGGGCUUCAGUGAAAUCAAAUGUACUCUAGUAUAAUAUGCUUUUUAAACCCUUCUUGAAGUUGCAUAUUUGUUGCAUACUAGUCCAGCAGUACAUAGUCCUUGCAAAAAAUAAAGCCUAAACAGUCAUUGUGAUGAAUAAAAGCUGUGUAAAUAUUUUAUGGGCCAUUUUAAUUAAACCUCUGAGCUGUUGGCUAGGAGGGUGAAUAAAAUUCCUUUUUGCAAUUCAAUUGUUUCAUGUUAAGGAGACUGACACUCUACAUUUCAAAGCAAAAUAAUUGUAAUGGUAAAAUAAUUUUCAUCAAAAGAAAUAACAUUGAUUCUGUUUCUGUUAUACACAAAUCCUAUUUCAGUUUAGUUGAAAAACUAUUAAGGCAUUUGAGAAAGAAAUCAAUAGAUUCUGUGGCCCUUGCUGUAUAUUGCAUGAGUAAUCACUGUAAGCAGCUGACAGGUAUUUUAGUCGUGACACCCAUGAUGCUUGGGAGACCACAUCUUGUCACUUUGGGUGGACAGCAGUCUUCAGCUGUUAUUGUUUAUGCCUGUGUGUUUCGUUUUUUAAGACAGCCCUGGAAUCAAUUAUAUUUGUGAGCUUUUGAAAAAAAAAAAUACUUUCAUUGCUGUCCAUUUCUUGCAUCCUUCAUGUUGUGACAUAAGUGCUUGUUGAACGUCAAUACAAAUUUUGAUUUCUUAUUUUUCAAAAUAUAGCAUCCUGCAGAAGUUUUGUUAUUUCUUUACUGUUCAGUAAUAAAUGUUCAUGUAUUCACACUUUUCCACAAAGGAAAGAAAGAAUUUUACAGAUUCUUACUAAAUAAUUUUCAGGCUGUUCUUUAUUAAAAAUGGGUAUCCCUUAACUCCAGGGAAUCCAAUAUGUUUUAAAACUUUACAGGUGUGAUGAUCUGGACUACAAUCCUAACUUCACUUACCCAAGAGUAAGCUCCAUUGAAUUCAGUGGGGUUUACUUCAGAGUAGACAUGGUUAGGAUUGCAGCUGUGGUUCUUUCUGUAGGUUGGAGUUGCUCCCAUAAAAUCGUAUUGGUGAGAAGAAUUUAAUUCUGUAUAUAAUAGUCAACUCCAACCAUGGGUAAGAGUAGUGUGUGAUUUCAGACCUAGUAAUUGCAUUCUUCAGUUCAUAAUUUCUAAACACUUUUGUUCCAUAAUAGUGUUACAUGCCUGGUUGAAAGUAUGUAUCAUUGAUAUCUAUAGCCAUAACUUCUAAGAGACAAUUGUCCUGAACAUUGUUUUAAAUUUAGGGGAAAGAGCACUCCCAUGCAUACAGAUGGCAGCUACAAGUCAGAAAUGACAAUUGUAAUAUCUAAGCCAUGGUGUGUUUAUCAGUGCACAAUUUGAAGGUAGGCUGGCUAAAAAUGUUGCCUUCUUAACAAUGGUGCUAUUUUAAGUGCAAAAAAACUGCCCAAGAUACUGGCCAGAGGUUUUCAGUACUGGUAAUGUAGAUCAAAUAUAUGUUUCUAUGUGCCUUUGAAUAAUUUAGGGCAAGUAAAAUCUGAUUGGCCUAAAUAUAGCCACUGGGUUGCCCCCCCCCCAACUUUCUGAUUUUCUUUAGCCUUUAAGAAUUGCAGAAAAGUAACAGUUUUUCAACCAGUUUUUAAAAACCUGCCUUUUGUGAUGCAUAUAUAUUCUGAGCUAUGUAUUGAUAGGUGCUGUUGCCUCCAUGUUUUGGGUUGAUGCUGAAUUAGGAAGUGACAUUUAUCUUGAUGGUAAGAAAUUAAAUCCAAGUUACUCUAUUGUUUUUCUAGUGCAUGUUUGGGAAACUUUGUUCCCACAGGGGCCACAUUCUUUGGGGGGAGGAUACAUCCCUGCAGUGUGUUGGCACAGAGCAGACAGUGGGUGGGGGCACAGUUGUAGUUUCUUAUACAUGCAGACACACUCUUCUCACCCCUCACAUAUCCAUUCACCAUACUUCCCCCCCUUCCCCUCUCUCUUCCCUCCCCAACUUACAUUGGUGUCAAAGGUCUCUCCCUCUUCCCAAGCCUCUUUAAUCUAGUGCAGGGGCCAGCAAACUUUUUCAGCAGGGGGCCGGUCCACUGUCCCUCAGACCUUGUGGGGGUCUGGAUUAUAUUUUGAAACAAAGAAGAAGAGUGAAAUCCUAUGCCCCACAAAUAACCCAGAGUUGCAUUUUAAAUAAAAGCACACAUUCUACUCAUGUAAAAACACGCGGAUUCCCAGACCGCCUGCUGGCUGGAUUUAGAAGGCGAUUGGGCCGGCCCCGGCCCCUGGGCCUUAGUUUGCCUACCCAUGAUCUAGUGUCUGUGCAUUAUGAGUUCAAGAUAGCAAUGUGCAUAAUGUGUGCUAAUGAUUUUAGACGGUAUGCGUGAAGGUGGGUAAAAUGGCUAGGUUCUAUAGUUUAGAGCAUGGAUAGGGAGCCUCUUUGUUGAGGGUCACAUUGUCUUAUGGUUAGUUUUGUCAGGGCUGCCUUCUAGCAGUGGGCAGGACCAGAACCAAACGUGGGCGGGGUCAUCCCAUUUCUCUCUUCUCUUCCUCCCCUUCCAACAGGCUGAUAGAUGAGGGACACUACAUUCUUGCUGGAGGUCUGAACUAGACACUUGCCAAGGAUUUUUAUUCCCUUUUCCUUCCUUUGCUCCAUUCACUUUGAUUCCCCAAUCCUGUUUCCCACUCCCUUUUCCUUCUCUUCUUUUAGACUCCUUAUCACCUACAUAAAACUAGGCCAAAGCCAAGCCAUAUGUUGCUGACCACUGGUUUAGAGAUCUCUGAUGGUUUUUCCUAUCUCUAUGUAGAAAAGCUGAAGAGCAACUUUGACUUCACUUUGCUGUUUGUGCUUCUCAAGUUCAAAUUCCUAUCUACAAACUUCUUUUUGCAGGUAUCAUAUCUGUUGUUGAUGCAAAGUAUGGACUACAGGUAAAGUAGUAAGACUGCAAUCAUUACUCAGUAAAGUACUUGUUCCUUGCAUCUUUUUUCUAGACUACACAAAAAUAAAAACAGAUUUUAUUCUUAUCCUAGUGAGCAAAGAAAGACUCCAAAAAGGCUUUGAAACAAUUAAUGCAUAAUAUUCAGUAGAUUUGGUGGAUAGAGUGCCUGAAGAACUAUGGAUGGAGGCUCACAACAUUAUACAGGAAGCAGCAACGAAAACCAUCCCAAUGAAAAGGAAAUGCAAGAAAGCAAAGUGGCUGUCCAACGAGGCCUUACAAAUAGCGGGGGAGAGAAGGCAAGCAAAAUGCGAGGGUGAUAGUGAAAGAUACAGGAAAUUGAAUGCAGAUUUCCAAAAAAUAGCAAGGAGAGACAAGAAGGCCUUCUUAAAUGAGCAAUGCAAAGAAAUAGGGGAAAACAACAGAAUGGGAAGAACCAGAGAUCUGUUCAAGGAAAUAGGAGAUAUGAAAGGAACUUUUGUACAAAGAUUACCAUAAUAAAGGACAAAAGUGAUAAGGACCUAACAGAAGCAGAAGACAGCAAGAAGAGGUGGCAAGAAUACACAGAGGAAUUAUACCAGAAAGAUAUGGAUGGCUCGUACACCCCAGGUAGUGUGGUUGCUGACCUUGAGCCAGACAUCCUGGAGAGUGAAGUCAAAUGGGACUUAGAAAGCACUGCAAAUAAUAAGAUCAGUGGAAGUGAUGGUAUUCCAGCUGAACUAUUUAAAUUUUUAAAAGAUGAUGCUGUUGAGGUGCUACACUCAAUAUGCCAGCAAGUUUGGAAAACUGAGCAGUGGCCAGAGGAUUGGAGACGAUCAGUCUACAUCCCAAUCCCAAAGAAGGGCAGUGCCAAAGAAUGCUCCAACUACCGCACAAUUGCACUCAUUUCACACGCUAGCAAGGUUAUGCUUAAAAUUCUACAAGGUAGGCUCAAGCAGUAUGUGGACCGAGAACUUCCAGAAGUGCAAGCUGGAUUUAGAAGAGGCAGAGGAACCAAAGACCAAAUUGCAAACAUGCGCUGGAUUAUGGAGAAAGCUAGAGAGUUCCAGAAAGACAUCUACUUCUGCUUCAUUGACUAUGCAAAAGAUUUUGACUGUGUCGACCACAGCAAACUAUGGCAAGUUCUUAAAGAAAUGGGAGUGCCUGAUCACCUCAUCUAUCUCCUGAGAGAUCUGUAUGUGGGACAAGAAGCUACAGUUAGAACUGGAUAUGGAACAACUGAUUGGUUCAAAAUUGGGAAAGAAGUAUGACAAGGCUGUAUAUUGUCUCCCUGCUCUACUUAUAUGCAGAAUUCAUCAUACAAAAGGCUGGGCUAGAUGAAUCCCAAACCGGAAUUAAGAUUGCCGGAAGAAAUAUCAGAUACGCAGAUGACACAACCUUGAUGGCAGAAAGUGAGGAGGAAUUAAAUAAUCUUUUAAUGAGGGUGAAAGAGGAGAGUGCACAAUAUGGUCUGAAGCUCAACAUCAAAAAAACGAAGAUCAUGGCCACUGGUCCCAUCACCUCCUGGCAAAUAGAAGGGGAAGAAAUGGAGGCAGUGAGAGAUUUUACUUUCUUGGACUCCAUGAUCACUGCAGAUGGUGACAGGAGCCACAAAAUUAAAAGACGCCUGCUUCUUGGGAGAAAAGCAAUGACAAACCUAGACAGCACCUUAAAAAGCAGAAACAUCACCUUGCCAACAAAGGUCCGUAUAGUUAAAGCUAUGGUUUUCCCAGUAGUGAUGUAUGGAAGUGAGAGCUGGACCAUCAAGAAGGCUGAUCGCCGAAGAAUUGAUGCUUUUGAAUUCUGGUGCUGGAGGAGACUCUUGAGAGUCCCAUGGACUGCAAAAAGAUCAAACCUCUCCAUUCUGAAGGAAAUCAGCCCUGAGUGCUCACUGGAAGGACAGAUCGUGAAGCUGAGACUCAUAGAAUCAUAGAGUCGGAAGAGACCACAAGGGCCAUUGAGUCCAACCCCCUGCCAAGCAGGAAACACCAUCAGAGCACUCCUGACAUAUGGUUGUCAAGCCUCUGCUUAAAGACCUCCAAAGAAGGAGACUCCACCACACUCCUUGGCAGCAAAUUCCACUGUCAAACAGCUCUUACUUCCUAAUGUUUAGGUGGAAUCUUCUUUCUUGUAGUUUGGAUCCAUUGCUCCGUGUCCGCUUCUCUGGAGCAGCAGAAAACAACCUUUCUCCCUCCUCUAUGUGACAUCCUUUUAUAUAUUUGAACAUGGCUAUCAUAUCACCCCUUAACCUCCACUUCUCCAGACUAAACAUGCCCAGCUCCCUUAGCCGUUCCUCAUAAGGCAUCGUUUCCAGGCCUUUGACCAUUUUGGUUGCCGUCCUCUGGACCCGUUCUAGUUUGUCAGUGUCCUUCUUGAACUGUGGUGCCCAGAACUGGACACAGUACUCCAGGUGAGGUCUGACCAGAGCAGAAUACAGUGGCACUAUUACUUCCCUUGAUCUAGAUGCUAUACUCUUAUUGAUGAGGUCCAGAAUUGCAUUGGCUUUUUUAGCUGCCGCGUCACACUGUUGGCUCAUGUCAAGUUUGUGGUCAACCAAGACUCCUAGAUCCUUUUCACAUGUACUGCUCUCAAGCCAGGUGUCACCCAUCUUGUAUUUGUGCCUCUCAUUUUUUUGCCCAAGUGCAAUACUUUACAUUUCUCCCUGUUAAAAUUCAUCUUGUUUGUUUUGGCCCAGUUCUCUAAUCUGUCAAGGUCGUUUUGAAGUGUGAUCCUGUCCUCUGGGGUGUUAGCCACCCCUCCCAGUUUGGUGUCAUCUGCAAAUUUGAUCAGGAUGCCCUUGAGUCCAUCAUCCCAAGUCGUUGAUAAAGAUGUUGAAUAAGACCGGGCCCAAGACAGAACCCUGUGGCACCCCACUAGUCACUCUUCUCCAGGAUGAAGAGGAACCAUUGAUGAGCACCCUUUGGGUUCGGUCAGUCAGCCAGUUACAAAUCCACUGAGUGGUAGCAUAGUCAAGACCGCAUUUUACCAGCUUCUUUACAAGAAUAUCAUGGGGCACCUUGUCAAAUGCCUUGCUGAAAUCAAGGUAGGCUACAUCCACUGCGUUCCCUUCAUCUACCAGGCUUGUAAUUCUGUCAAAAAACGGGAUCAGGUUAGUCUGACAUGACUUAUUUUUCAGAAAUCCAUGCUGACUAUUGGUGAUCACAGCAUUCCUUUCUAGGGGCUCACAGACUGUUUGCUUAAUGAUCUGCUCCAGAAUCUUCCCUGGUAUUGAUGUCAGACUGACUGGGCGGUAAUUAUUUGGGUCCUCUCUUUUCCCUUUUUGAAAAUAGGGACAACAUUUUCAAAUCCUCUGAGUGACCCCACUGUUUCUUUGGUCUUCCUUUUGCUACGAACAUACCCAUAAAAGCCUUUUUUGUUGCUUUUAACCUCUCUAGCAAGCCUGAGUUCAUUCUGUGCUUUAGCUUUUCUGACUUUGUGUCUACACGUGCUGGCUAUUUGUUUGAAUUCCUCUUUGGUGGUUUCCCCCUUUUCCAUUUUUGUACACAUCCUUUUUAAUCUUAACUCAGUUAAAAGUUCUUUAGAUAGCCACCCUGGCUUCUUUAGGCACCUUCCAUGUUUCCGUCUCAUUGGUAUUGCCUGAAGUUGUGCUUUUACUAUCUCCCUCUUAACAAACUCCCAGCCAUCAUGAACUCCCUUUCCUUUUAGUAUUACUGUCCAUGGGAUCUCACCCAGCACUUCCCUAAGUUUUAUGAAGUCGGCUUUCUUAAAGUCAAGAAAUUGAGUCCUAGUAUGCUUGGCUGCUCCUUUCCGCUGUAUAGUAAACUUCAGAAGAGCAUGAUCACUCGCGCCUAAUGAUCCUUCCACUUCUACCCCACUAACCAGGUCAUCAACAUUGGUUAGGACCAGAUCUAAAAUGGCUGUUCCUCUUGUUGCUUCUCCCACUUUCUGGACAAUGAAGUUGUCUGCAAGGCCAGUGAGGAAUCUGUUUGACCUUAUGCUCUUGGCUGAGUUUGACAUCCAACAAAUAUCCGGGUAAUUGAAGUCCCCCAUUACUACUAUCUCCUUUCCUUUUGCAUGCUUGGCCAUCUGUUCCAGGAAGGCAUCAUCUGUGUCCUCCGUUUGGCUCGGGGAUCUAUAGUAAACUCCCACAAUGAGGUCACUGUUAUUCUUCUCUCCCUUGAUUUUGACCCAAAUGCUCUCACUUUGGCUUUGAAGUUCUAAAUCUUGGAUCUCUUCACAGGUAUACAUAUCCCUGACAUAUAACACCACUCCUCCUCCUUUCUUGUCUGGUCUGUUUCUCUGAAAUAGAUUGUAUCCCUCCAUUAUUACAUUCCAAUCGUGGGACUUAUCCCACCAGGUUUCAGUGAUGCCUAUUAUGUCAUAUUUAGUUUGCUGUACCAAGAGCUCAAGCUCAUCUUGUUUAUUUGCCAUGCUUUGCGCAUUAGUGUACAGACACUGAAGUCCAUUAAUCAUUCCCCCCGUGACUCUUAUUUAAGGAUUUUUUCCUCCCACCACUAGGUCUGCAUGCUGUUUGCUCCAUUUGGUCUAUGACAUUUGGAUGAUCAUCUUCAUCAUAGACUCCUACCUUCAGGAGCACUGUCUCCCUCCCCCACAUUAGUCAGUUUAAAGCCCUCCUGAUGAGGUUUCUGAGAUUUUUGGCAAAAACAUUUCUCCCAACCGUUGUGAGUUGCAGCCCAUCGCUUGCCAGAAGUCCAUCUUCAAGAAACUGCAGUCCAUGAUCUAAGAAUCCAAACCGUUCCUGUUUACACCAUUUGCGAAGCCAGCUGUUCACUUCCACUAUUUUUCCCUCUCUUCAAUACUUUGGCCACCUCAUGAGAAGAGAAGACUCCCUGGAAAAGACCCUGAUGUUGGGAAAGAUGGAGGGCACAAGGAGAAGGGGAUGACAGAGGACGAGAUGGUUGGAUAGUGUUCUCGAAGCUACCAGCAUGAGUUUGACCAAACUGCGGGAGGCUGUGGAAGACAGGAGUGCCUGGCAUGCUCUGGUCCACGGGGUCACGAAGAGUCGGACACGACUAAACAACAACAACAACAACAACAACACAUUCAGUAGCUUUGGAAUUCAAUGCACCAUCUUGCAUUCUUAAAUCAAUAAACAGAUACAAAGCUUGACAUGCUGUCAGUGUGAUAGCAGCUUUUAAAUUUUGUCAGUUAUAUGCUAAAUAAAUAACUUUUGCUUUGUGUAGAAACUUUGUUCCCCUGUCCAAUUCCUCCAGUUUCAAAGCUUGACGUCCACCUUGGCUUGUGAUUUAAAGAAUUCUGGAGGCAAUACAACAAUGACAAUAGGAUAAUAGGCAGCAAUUUAGAGGUGUCAUGCUUCAUGGAUCUAGCCUAGUCCAUGUAAAGCUGAGAAAUUGUACCCUGUGGCUUGCAAGCCAAAUUGAAAUGGAUGUGGUAAUUGAUAUCAUUGGCUGUCACUCUAAUGGGAUUGUCACCCAGCAAUCUGAAAUAUUCAUGUUUUAAUCAAAAGGCAAACGAUUGGACAACUUGCAGUGACAGGUCACAACUCUGAGGACCUAAAGCGAUGCUAUUAACACUCUUCUUUGCAAAUCUACAAAGCCUGACAGUAUUUCAUGCAGAAGAAUAAAUGAAUGUUGGAGUUACAGAGAAAAGGUCAAAAGAGAGGUCUUGUUCUCGUCAUCCUGUUAUUGCACAAACUCUUCAAACCACUUAGUUAGAUAACAGUUUUGACUGGAGAUGUCAGGAAAAUAGACAUUGUACAAUGAAAUCGUUUUGAGGAUUCAGUAGCAUUUAAAGUAGCAGCAACCUCUACUAGUUAAAAGCAGUUUGCUCUUUUUUCCCCAUUCAGGGGCUGCUGAAAAAAUUGCCUACAUUAGAAAAAUAUUUAUAUUGAAUUUCCUUAUUGAAACAUUGCUGUUUGUAAAUAAGUUACUCCUUACCUAAAGUUAGUGAAAAGUAAAUACAUUUAUUCGGAGCUUGUAGAUGGAACGCACUUGUUACAGUUUGGUUGCCCAUGAUGUACGUUAGUAUAACUCUCACUGCUAUGUAAAGGUUGAAGCAUAUGCAUAAAUCUAAAAUUAUUUCAAUUAUGGUCCUGGAACAUGGAUAAUUAUGUAGAUGAAUAAGUUAACUGUGCAGUCCUAUGCGUAUUUACAUGGGGGAAGCUCUCCCUGAACUUAAUAGAAAUUACUUUUAAACAGGCAUGAACAUAAUGACGUAGUAUGUACAGUAUAGAAUCAUAGAAUUGUAGAGUUGAAAGGGACCCCAAGGGUCAUCUAGUCCCAGUACCGUACACUGUUGAAUUAAUAAAUUUAUUACUUCUGUGGAUGCACAAACCCAUGGAUUUUGUCUUCUGUGCAAAAACCAUCUGUAAACAUUUCGAAGUCAGAAGUAUUGAGACAGAUCCAAAAGUCUUUGAAUUAUGACAGCUGGACAACAUGAGCCUCAAAGCAUUUCACCUUGCAUACUGUCUCUUAAGCUAGUUCACAUCCUUUGAAGCACAUGGUCCUUAAGACUUUGUAUGUGUAAAUUCAUGGUUGCAAGUAACCCAAGCUUUCCUUCUAAAUCAGUUAUUUUUGUCUGAACAGAAGAGCUAAAUGAUGCCCUCAAUAGUUGCUGCAUAAAGUGCCUUCAGUAUCUGUCAGCAAUUCAGUUAAUAAUAAAAUCAAUUUUCCUAUUGUAACUGUCUUUUUUUAAAAUCUUUGUUUAGCAUCUCUUAGAAGAAAAACCCAGUGGCCUUAUCAAUGAAGCAGCUAGGUAUUACUACAACAACCAUUUUCUAUGUGUGUGAAUCCUGAACUGUUUCUUGGGAAGCAUAGUAUUGUAAGGCAGCCUUGACCAAGGACAUUAUUAAUUUUGAGUUUUAGUUUCAGACCUGACUCGCUUGUUCUAGCUGUUUUCAUUUUGUGGAUUUAUCCUGUUGUACCAGUUUCUUUGUGGUAGUUUUAUUUUGUUAAAUUUCAUUUCCAGUAUUCAUUUUUUCUGAUUUGUACUCCAAUUUAAUGUCAAGUUGCCAGCAGCAUUUCACUGUAUCUUUUUUUAAAAUGAUGGAUGCUAGCAAUUUAGACAAAUUGCUCUUAAGGACAUGAAUAAGAGAAAAAUUGCAUAGGACAGUGGCUAAAAGUGUGAACGGGGAUAUCCCUGAUUCAAAUCUCACUUUAGUCAUGAACUCCAUAAAUACUUCUGACACCUUCUCUCAACUUCAGCCCACCCCCAUCUACAGUCUACUGAGCUUGGUAAAGUUUACUUGGGCAAUUUAUGUGAAGGGUUUUGCAGCAUCAUAACACAACCCUAGUCUUGAUAUAACAUAUUGGCCCGAAUAUAAGCUGCACCCAAAUAUAAGCCGCAGCUUUAAAAUUGGAGGGGGUGGGAGAAACCCCCCUCUCGAAUAUAAGCUGUUCCAUUCCUCGCUGCUCCUGGCUGCAUACUUGGGGGGGGGCUGCGCUGCGUUGCCAGUGGCCUUUCCCCUUCCUGGCUCUCUCCCUUCCCUGCCUUGGGGGAGAGGAUGUGGAACUAUGUGCUGCUUCGCCACGCUCCUGGCCCUGUUUGCCCUGCACUCCAGGCUGCGAAUAUAAGCCACACAUUUAACUUUUUAUGGUUGGAAUUUGGGGGGAAAGUGCAGCUUAUAUUUAGGCCAAUACGGUAUAAAUGGAAUUUCUGUUAACAGUGGCAAAAAGAUCAAUCCUGUAUUGAUAGACAAUGAAGAGUUCGCUCCUGCACCUCCUAUUCAUGAGUUCACUCUUUCUUGUGUAGACAGAUUGCAUUAGCAGAUCUUAUAAUCCUCAAUAAAACUGAUUUGGUUUCUCAAGAAGCACUGAUGAAACUGAGAACAGCUGUCAGGUAAGCAAGAAUAAAUUAUAGGUGCUGGUGAAUUUUUCUUCGACUCCUACCUGUUUCCUAGCUAUGCCUGGUAGCAACUAGAAUUGUAGAUUGCAUGAUUACUAUGACAGUAUGGGUUAGGACUCAAGAGGAAAGUGUAUGCUUUCUUUCUUGAGAGCAGUCAGCUGUAUUUACUUGCUGCAAGCUUGAUGUUUUGCUUGCAUCAAGCAGACUAAAGUGUUAGUGUAGUAGCUGCAUAAUCCUUUCUUAAUUCUGAUGGGUUUUACAUGGAUCAGUGUCAGUCUUUCAAGAAGGAGAAAUGAUCAGUACUCAAGUUAUUCUGAAAUACAGGCAUUUGUGGCCUUAUAAAAAGAGGGGCAAUGGCAUGUUCUAACAGAUUUGGACACAAUUUAAGGAGUGUAAAAUGUUGCGUGUAGUUGGGGGUGGAAUAAAAAAUGGUUUGUACCUAUAUUCUACAUCCCUGACCAAUAAAUGAAUCAAAAAUAGGUAUCCUUCAAAAUUUGAACUUAUCCAAAUGUUUAGUGCAACCAAAAAGUAUGCACAAAAUGCAUAAGUAUGCACAACAUACAAAACCACAUUAUAUUAGGGAACAUUACUUGCAGAAAUGUCUCUGUGCAGAAGAAUGCAUACAAAUUUUCAUGCAUACGUUUUAGGGGGGGGAAUGUAACAGGAGUGAACUGAACUUACGGUUGGAAAAAUGAGAAAUGGAUUGAAAACUAAAUUGACAGAUGUGUCCAUGCUUACCCACAGUGCGCCAUGAUUCUGAAGUUUGACACCAUUAGGCCGAAAAUCCCUCUACCCCCAGUUUUUCCUUGACUUGCCCCAGAUCCUCACAAACUCUGCAUGGAGUUUGCAGGGUUUUGUUAGUGUCUUUACUUCUUGAGAACUUAUGCUCCCAGCAUUGAAGAGUAUCAGAUAUAGGUAAAGAUAUAUAUGGCUGGGUACAAAUGUUCUUGUCAUAAUCUAAAUUUAUGUUUCUUCUCUUUUUUCAAUGAUGUUAGGUCAAUAAAUGGAGUUGUCAAAAUUUUAGAAACUAAGAGAUCCAGGUAAUGAUAAUGUAAAUCAGAAAUAGUUAUUGCCACUUUUUCUUCCUCUUGUGAUUGUUACAUAUUGAUCUGAAAUGUAUAUUUGAUCAAGAAAGGCAACAUAUGGCCCAUAGGCAGUACCCAGUUGGUUUUGGUAUGGUUUCCUUCUCUGACUAUUCCUGUUGCCUGGAAGCUGGAGACUGUGUGGAAGAGAAGAUGAUUAUUUUGUUUGUUCCGCUUUACUAAGGACCAUAGCAAGGCUGGUGUAGCCUUCCAAGAGCUUUUUGUAGGCUACCCCACAUUACACUAUUCAAAGUAAAGGCUUGCCUACUCAGAUGUUCUGUUCCAACAGUGUCCAACUGGGUCAUUUGUAAAUACCGUGAUCUCCAUAUUAAUUUGAAUUAAGUCCUAUCUGCAAAUUAGGAGUUGGUAUCAGAAAUUAAAAAGUCCUACUCUAAAAGCCCCUUGGUUAGCUAGCAGCUCAGAGUUCCAUAGGGAAUUCAUAAAUCAUGAUCCCAAGCCCUCCAUUAUAAGUAUGCUUAAAGAAUUACAUCAAAGGAAAGUAGAUACAUUGAAAGAAAUAUGAAAAAAUAUUUUCCCCCUCCCCCAAUAAUUUAAGUGGCUGUUAUGUAGCUGUUUCGCAGUGAAAGUCUUUGUAGCCUUGCUACUUUAGAGAUUAGCUGUGGGAGGAGCUUAUCAGAGCUUGCAGGGCAGCGGCGCACGCAGUUUGAUCCAUCUUUUAGAUUUAGGGGAGCUAGUCUCAAAUGUUUGUUGGGGGAGACCUAGGUUUUUUUGGGUGGGAGUUAUUUGUCCUGCCUUCACGCUUUUUAUGAUGGAGGACCGCUGUAGCCACCCCCAACGACACGUUCUCAAGAUGGAGGGGGAGGGAACAGCUGCAGUCGCCUGCAGUUCCUGCGCAAUCUUUGCCAUCUUGCCAAAGGUUGCAGGCAGCUUUACCUGCAGCAAUUGCAUGUUGAUUGCCCUCUUAGAAGACAAAGUCCAGCAACUGGAGGAACGUGUAGCUACGCUCCAAAGAAUUAGAGAGCUGGAGCUCUUCUUGGAAGCAACAGAGCACACCGUCUCCACCAAGGAGGAGACAGGGGAUCCCCCUGAGAAGGAGGCUAGUUCACCAACACAGGAGCCAGAUAUAUGGAGAAACGUGACUCAAAGAAGUAGGAGGCCCAGGGUUCGCUCUGAUUGUUUAGAAAUACACAAUCGCUUUGAGGUCCUCUCCCCUAGCAUGGAAGACGAAGAGCAGACUCCAUUUGAGGAUCUCUCCUCAUUACAGUCGAUCAGGUAUAUGAAGACGAGCAGCAAAGUCAGUCCUCAGGGAAUGUGCAGGCGACCUUGGAACGGACAGCUCACGGAAGAACCCCGACCAAACCUAAGAGGAGGCGUGUAGUGGUGAUAGGGGAUUCCCUGCUGAGGGGAACAGAAGCAGUGAUCUGUGGGCCUGACAAGAUGUCUCGGGAAGUGUGCUGUCUCCCCGGGCUAAGAUCCAAGAUGUAACUGAACGACUGCAAGGAAUCAUAAAACCCACUGACAAAUACCCCUUCCUCUUGGUUCAUGUGGGAACCAAUGACACUACAAGCAAUAGCCUCCAGAAGAUCAAAAGAGACUACGAGGCUCUGGGCAGGAAAUUGAAGCAAUUAAAUGCACAAAUUGUCAUUUCAUCUGUCCUCCCAGUUGAACGACGUGGCCCAGGGAGAGAGGGAAAAAUAGUGGAAGUGAACAGCUGGCUUCGCAAAUGGUGUAAACAGGAACGGUUUGGAUUCUUAGAUCACGGACUGCAGUUUCUUGAAGAUGGACUUCUGGCAAGCGAUGGGCUGCACCUCACAACGGUUGGGAGAAAUGUUUUUGCCAAAAAUCUCAGAAACCUCAUCAGGAGGGCUUUAAACUGACUAAUGUGGGGGAGGGAGACAGUGCUCCUGAAGGUAGGAGUCUAUGAUGAAGAUGAUCAUCCAAAUGUCAUAGACCAAAUGGAGCAAACAGCAUGCAGACCUAGUGGUGGGAGGAAAAAAUCCUUAAAUAAGAGUCACGAGGGAAUGAUUAAUGGACUUCAGUGUCUGUACACUAAUGCGCAAAGCAUGGCAAAUAAACAAGAUGAGCUUGAGCUCUUGGUACAGCAAACUAAAUAUGACAUAAUAGGCAUCACUGAAACCUGGUGGGAUAAGUCCCACGAUUGGAAUGUAAUAAUGGAGGGAUACAAUCUAUUUCAGAGAAACAGACCAGACAAGAAAGGAGGAGGAGUGGUGUUAUAUGUCAGGGAUAUGUAUACCUGUGAAGAGAUCCAAGAUUUAGAACUUCAAAGCCAAAGUGAGAGCAUUUGGGUCAAAAUCAAGGGAGAGAAGAAUAACAGUGACCUCAUUGUGGGAGUUUACUAUAGAUCCCCGAGCCAAACGGAGGACACAGAUGAUGCCUUCCUGGAACAGAUGGCCAAGCAUGCAAAAGGAAGGAGAUAGUAGUAAUGGGGGACUUCAAUUACCCGGAUAUUUGUUGGAUGUCAAACUCAGCCAAGAGCAUAAGGUCAAACAGAUUCCUCACUGGCCUUGCAGACAACUUCAUUGUCCAGAAAGUGGGAGAAGCAACAAGAGGAACAGCCAUUUUAGAUCUGGUCCUAACCAAUGUUGAUGACCUGGUUAGUGGGGUAGAAGUGGAAGGAUCAUUAGGCGCGAGUGAUCAUGCUCUUCUGAAGUUUACUAUACAGCGGAAAGGAGCAGCCAAGCAUACUAGGACUCAAUUUCUUGACUUUAAGAAAGCCGACUUCAUAAAACUUAGGGAAGUGCUGGGUGAGAUCCCAUGGACAGUAAUACUAAAAGGAAAGGGAGUUCAUGAUGGCUGGGAGUUUGUUAAGAGGGAGAUAGUAAAAGCACAACUUCAGGCAAUACCAAUGAGACGGAAACAUGGAAGGUGCCUAAAGAAGCCAGGGUGGCUAUCUAAAGAACUUUUAACUGAGUUAAGAUUAAAAAGGAUGUGUACAAAAAUGGAAAAGGGGGAAACCACCAAAGAGGAAUUCAAACAAAUAGCCAGCACGUGUAGACACAAAGUCAGAAAAGCUAAAGCACAGAAUGAACUCAGGCUUGCUAGAGAGGUUAAAAGCAACAAAAAAGGCUUUUAUGGGUAUGUUCGUAGCAAAAGGAAGACCAAAGAAACAGUGGGGUCACUCAGAGGAUUUGAAAAUGUUGUCCCUAUUUUCAAAAAGGGGAAAAGAGAGGACCCAAAUAAUUACCGCCCAGUCAGUCUGACAUCAAUACCAGGGAAGAUUCUGGAGCAGAUCCUUAAGCAAACAGUCUGUGAGCCCCUAGAAAGGAAUGCUGUGAUCACUAAUAGUCAGCAUGGAUUUCUGAAAAAUAAGUCAUGUCAGACUAACCUGAUCUCGUUUUUUGACAGAAUUACAAGCCUGGUAGAUGAAGGGAACGCAGUGGAUGUAGCCUACCUUGAUUUCAGCAAGGCAUUUGACAAGGUGCCCCAUGAUAUUCUUGUAAAGAAGCUGGUAAAAUGCGGUCUUGACUAUGCUACCACUCAGUGGAUUUGUAACUGGCUGACUGACCGAACCCAAAGGGUGCUCAUCAAUGGUUCCUCUUCAUCCUGGAGAAGAGUGACUAGUGGGGUGCCACAGGGUUCUGUCUUGGGCCCAGUCUUAUUCAACAUCUUUAUCAACGACUUGGAUGAUGGACUCAAGGGCAUCCUGAUCAAAUUUGCAGAUGACACCAAACUGGGAGGGGUGGCUAACACCCCAGAGGACAGGAUCACACUUCAAAACGACCUUGACAGAUUAGAGAACUGGGCCAAAACAAACAAGAUGAAUUUUAACAGGGAGAAAUGUAAAGUAUUGCACUUGGGCAAAAAAAUGAGAGGCACAAAUACAAGAUGGGUGACACCUGGCUUGAGAGCAGUACAUGUGAAAAGGAUCUAGGAGUCUUGGUUGACCACAAACUUGACAUGAGCCAACAGUGUGACGCGGCAGCUAAAAAAGCCAAUGCAAUUCUGGGCCGCAUCAAUAGGAGUAUAGCAUCUAGAUCAAGGGAAGUAACAGUGCCACUGUAUUCUGCUCUGGUCAGACCUCACCUGGAGUACUGUGUCCAGUUCUGGGCACCACAGUUCAAGAAGGACACUGACAAACUAGAACGGGUCCAGAGGAGGGCAACCAAAAUGGUCAAAGGCCUGGAAACGAUGCCUUAUGAGGAACGGCUAAGGGAGCUGGGCAUGUUUAGCCUGGAGAAGAGGAGGUUAAGGGGUGAUAUGAUAGCCAUGUUCAAAUAUAUAAAAGGAUGUCCCAUAGAGGAGGGAGAAAGGUUGUUUUCUGCUGCUCCAGAGAAGCGGACACGGAGCAAUGGAUCGAAACUACAAGAAAGAAGAUUCCACCUAAACAUUAGGAAGAACUUCCUGACAGUAAGAGCUGUUUGACAGUGGAAUUUGCUGCCAAGGAGUGUGGUGGAGUCUCCUUCUUUGGAGGUCUUUAAGCAGAGGCUUGACAACCAUAUGUCAGGAGUGCUCUGAUGGUGUUUCCUGCUUGGCAGGGGGUUGGACUCGAUGGCCCUUGUGGUCUCUUCCAACUCUAUGAUUCUAUGAUUCUACUUUGGAUUGAAAAUGUCGUCCCCACCCAAAAAGGGGCAGAGGAAAACUAAUGAGGAAACCUAUUGAAAGUUUACAUAAACUUCCUUGUUAUAAUCCAAUGACUGAAUAUUUCCUGAUUUUUUGUUAUAAUGUCAGAUUUUAAAACCUAAUACUAGUAGGUAAAGGAAUAAAAAGCAUGUAGUCCAGUAAAGAUAAGGUUAAAGUUUCAAAUAAAUUAUUUUUUUGAGAGAAGAACAUUCAGACCAACAUAAUCAGCAUCCUAAAUGUUGUAAAGGGUAGCUCAAUGCAAAACAAGCUUAAAAUUAGCAAUCACUAGAUACUGUCAUAUAUAUGUUUAUACAGCCUUAAAUAGUUUGUAUUUUGUAAAUUAGUUUUUCAAACAUUCAGUAGUGUAAUUUGUGUCUCAUUAUUAUCAGUGCAACAGUCAUGGGGGGAGUAAGCUUCUAAAGCUAGAAAUGCUUUUAAAGCUAGUAAAUUUUCUUCGUUGUAUCAUAUUAACUAUCCUAUUCAUUCUAGGAAAUAUUUUCCUAAGCACCAUAAGCAAGCAUAAUGGACUUUAUAGCAGUGCAGGCCUCUUCCUUGUAUGAAUCGCACAGUAUAAAGUGGAGCGAGAUAAUAUAUUUUAUAUAUUUUCUGAGGUAGGCAAUUGUGUGGGCAUCAAAGGUCAUGUGUGACAAUCCUAUAUUUUACCUGACAGCAACACCAAAAUACAGUGCAACAAACAUUUUUGCUGGUGUAUAUACAUGAGUUCACAAGCAAUAUUUAUAUAUUGCAAGGUAAUCAGCUGAAUACUGCAUUUCCAGACAUUUAAUCCUGUUAACAGAACCAUUGAUAUAACUUAUUAGGAAUUCUGCCUUCAAUCUGCUCCAUUCUGGAGGCUUUGCCCUGUGCUGAACAGUUGCUCUAUGAAGAUUCUUCUCUGUAGUGACGGCCAUGUUAAUUUAUAUGGAUUACCGUCCUUGCAAUUCUUUUGUUCAGGUAGGAAGGAGGAAAGUGUUAAAAUAGCUUCAAAAACUUUUAAAAAUUCUAUUAAAGGGGACUCGAAAUAUAAAGUACUAUAGCUCACCUUUUUUAAUGCACAGUUAUUCUGUGGGUAUAUUACCUUGCCAAUAUUUUACAUUUUCUGUUGAUCAGAGCUAUGCUUCCCACAGGACACUGUAUAAACAGUAUUGUUAAUAUGGCCAAUGUAUAUGACACUUUUCAAAAGAGUUCAGCUUCCAGAACCAGCAGAAGUUGGUAGGAGGUGCUGAGCAAUUCUUAAGAUCUGAUAAUUUCAUUGUGUGUCCAAAGCAGAAUAUUUUCUAAGAGUGAUAUGUAAUUGCUUGUUGAAUAUAUUUUUUAAAAACUGAGAAAGAAAUAUGAUUUUUUGUUGUAUAUUUUAAAACUAAAUAACAAACUUAAAGAUUUUUUUUCUAGUUCUUAAACUAUAUUUAAACUGCUUCGUAGGAACAAGCCAGGUUAAAAUCAAAGUUUAAGAUCCUGGCUUGUUCUCAACCCAGCAUUAAAACUGCAGUUCCCCAGGUUUUGAUGUGACAGGGUACUGUGGCUAGUUUAAAACUAAAAACUUCUCUUUUACAAAAGCUCAAAAGAGGAGGAGCGGGAGCAUGCAAGUCCAAGGCUCACAGCAGCACAUUUCCUGAACUCAUACAGUCCAGGAAACUGUAUUUUCCUACCACAGGUGCCAACUUGAAUAAAAUAUUGAGGGAGCCCAGGUAAGCCCUGCCCUAUAUAAUCAGUUACAAGUUGCAGUGCGCACACACCAUUUGAAUGGCAAUGCCCAUUAACUGGGGGGCUGGACCCCUCAAAUAUUUUAGGGUGGGCUCUGAAGGGACCUUGGCCCCUAGGAGUUGGUGUCUGUGUUUCCUCCUAUGUCUGAACUGAGCCUUAGGAACUCAAAAUAUCCUUACUACUUGUAACCGUGAUAUGUUUUUUUCAGCCCCUACAUUCCAUUCAUGCUUCCUUUCUUCUAUUGAAUACAGAUUUUGGAGCACUGCAGAGAGCAGAUAGUUCAAACACAGCUGGCCAUAAAUGAAAGAGAAUAUCUUUUGCUUAUCUGUGCAUUACAGUGAUUUCUCUUAGAAAAAGGUCUUGCUUUAAAUUAAAAAGAAGUGGUCACUCCAUAGGACUCCUUUCUCUGUUUUGCAGUUGUCUUUUUAAUAUGACAGCCUCUCCCCACUAGAUCCCAGACAUUUAUUGAGAGUCCCUUGACCAUCAAGAGAAGCUUUUAAGGGGCUGCCGGGGGGGGGGGGGAGAAGGAAAGUGGGAAAGCCUUUUUAUAAAAGAGGCCUUCUGCUCAUCCAUAGGCUGCAUGCAACCCAUAAAACACUUCAGUAGGGGAAAAGUAAAUGUAUUUGUUUUUUUCUUAGAGUUGACAUCUCUGAUGUCUUAGAUCUUCAUGCUUUUGAUAGUUUGUCAGGAAAAAGGUAAGAUUUUAUUUUACACUGUUACUUGAUCAGCAGAUUGCUAGCUUUUACAUAAGAAUUAUGUAUAGUUAUGAUUUAGAAUUCAACUUGUGGCACAGUCUCAGGUACACACCCAGGUUCAGAACUGCCAUAAUUAGUCAGUUAUAUCCAACUAAUUGAACCUAAAUUAGUCAUGUCUAGUAACUCCAGUGAGUUGACUCUGAGUACAGCUAGCAUUAGAUACAACCCAUGGUCUUUAGGUAUUAUUAUUAUUAAUUGAAUUUAUAUACCACUCUAUACCCAGAGGUACCCAAGUUAGAGAAGGAGUGAGCUGAAAAUGUAGUUAAUUACUUAAUACUGUACUGUAAACAGAAAUUCACCAAAGAUUAGUCAACUGCAAAUAUUACAUUAAAAUUAGUUCAGUUCAGUUCAGUUCCAGCCAAAGGCCAUUAUUAACAAUAGUAUUAAUAAAAGAAUACAGAAAAUACAUCCAUAAUACAAACAAAACAAAAAAACUUUACCAAGUUCCUGACCAUUAAAACACAGUUUCCCUUGUACAUCUCAGACAGCAUCAAUUCUAAUAUUAUUUUGCCUUUAAAAAAUCCAAUUUCCCAACAUCUUUUUUGGAUGCUUUCUAGUCAGUUAUGGUAUAUUAAAGGGACCCCUGACGAUUAGGUCCAGUCGUGACCGACUCUGGGGUUGCGGCACUCAUCUCGCUUUAUUGGACGAGGGAGGCGGUGUACAGCUUCCGGGUCAUGUGGCCAGCAUGACUAAGCUGCUUCUGGCGAACCAGAGCAGCGCACAGAAACACUGUUUACCUUCCCGCUGGAGUGGUACUUAUUUAUCUACUUGCACUUUGAUGUGCUUUCGAACUGCUAGGUUGGCAGGAGCCGGGACUGAGCAAUGGGAGCUCACCCCGUCGUGGGGAUCCGAACCGCCGACCUUUUGAUCAGCAAGUCCUAGGCUCUGUGGUUUAACCCACAGCGCCACCCGCGUCCCAUAUGGUAUAUUAGAGGAGAGCAUUUGCUUUUCUAUAAUUACCACUAGGCCUGGGCUUAUCCUGAUUGUUUGUUAAUGGAUAAUCCCUUUGAUUUCUGGAAAAUGGAUUGCUGGCAGGGUAGGAGUUUUGAGCCUCUAACCUGGGCAUAUUUCCCCCCAAUACCUGCAUUCAAGUCAAUAUAAUGAAUCUUCCCUUCUUGCUUAUUGCAGCAUAUUUGAGUAUUAUUAGGAUAGAUGACAAAGGCAGAAAUCUUGUAGCUUGAGAACUUCCUGCUCCUUUCUCUCAAACUGCCUUUUCCAGACUUCCCUAUCUCUAGAAAGGAGGAUGGAUAUCUAAUGUCAUUGGGGUGAGGUUAUUUCUACAACCUUUUAAUUCAAAUAACAGCUGUCUCAGCAAACAUAUGAAUUAGAAAUCCAAACUUACCCAUGCAUCAGGAUCCUGAAAGUUUAGUUUGAUACUGGCUCUUCUGGUCACAAUUAGACAGGUAUUUACAAUGUAAACCAUUUCUGAAAUCCAGGAAAGCCCCUAUAAUGGCUUGAAUUCCUGCUUGCAGUUCAGAUCCUGUUUUCACUAUUCUGCUGGGUUUCUUCAUUGGCCAUUCAUGAAUAGAACAUCUGGGGACCUCUUUCCAGAACAAGACUUCCCCCCUCAUUCACUACCUUUCCAAGUACAUUUAUUAAUCCACCGUUCACUUCCUUUUGCUCCUGGCUGCACUGUAGAGUAGCCUUCAGGGUUUCAUCGAAAGAUGCCAGAUUGGGACUUGAACAGAUUAGAUUAGGUGACCGGCCGAGAUCAUUUUUUUGGAAGGCAGCAAGUGGGUUAUUAUCACACUUAUCCAUUUGGAUCUGAAGAAGUUAAGUUGAGAGUGGAAAACAACUCCAUGUCUUGAACAUUCAUAUUGGUGUAAAAUCAGGUUUCUGUGUUCAAGUUCCAGUCUUGAUAGAGGUCAUUUUGUUUGGUUACUGAAUCUGAUAAGCACUUAAUGAACUCAGACUUAUCCCCAUCUUGAUGUACCUUCAAAACAUCACUUAACUUCAGUUUCUUUGCUGGUAGGUCUUAUCUGCAGGACUACAGUCAGAAUUCCUGUCUCCACUAAUCCAAGUAGGGCUAGACGAUAUCUGGUUUUCAACAUUGAGAUAUAUCACCAGCUAAACAUCGCAAUAUACCAAUAUAUCAUUAUAUCUGAAAUAAGGAUGGUUUUCCCCACAUUAUGAUUUUUGCCGGCACUUGCGAUUUGCUGCCCCCUGCAGGAGGCAGGAGAGAGCUGAGCCGGCAGAGUUAAUGGGCUGCAGGAAUCGAGAGAAACAUUGGCUGGCUUCAUGGUUUUUCCCACAUUGUGAUUUUUGCUUAGCAUACACAUAUAUACCAUGAUUCACAAUAUAUUGCCAGGUCAAAAAUUAUGAAAUCAGUAUCAUGAUAGGGACUUCAAACCAGUUUUGAAUGAUAUAUUGCCCAGACCUACCAACCAGUGUACUAAUUAUAGCAUUCAAAUCCCAAACUUCCUUUUCCAAUGCAUCAAUUCUGCUAAAGAUUCCUUCUGCUGUUUGUUUAGACAGGAUCGCAUAAAAGUUCCCACAGUGAGGGAGUUUCAGGCUCUGUUGUGGUCGAUUCUAUUAUGCCAAGAUUGAGAUUAUGCCUAGUUUUUGUUAUGGAGGAAGCUGAGGUUGCCUGGGAGCAUAUAUAUCUGCUCCUAACAAGUCUGUAUCAAGUGACCAGUGAGCUAAGCUUUCAUUAGAGGAAUUAACCUUAACUGCUGAGCCAACUGACUUUUCAACUAUUCAAGAUUAAAACAAAACCAUGGAGCUCAAAGACAAGCAGUCUUAUUUGUCGCCAUCUUCACCUGUAAGCCAUUAGGACUAGGGGGUGGAGGUGUGAAUUCCAUUUAAUUAUUGAGGUCACAGGCUCAAAUUAGUCAGUUGCACAAUCACUUUAACAUGCAGUAGCCUGAAAAGCAAAGGUGGAAAUUGCUGGGGGGAAAUUGCAUUUAAUUGCCUUCAGCUGGGGAUAAGCUGCUGAUUCCCUGCAAUGAAAGAUUGACCUGGGUGGAAGAAUCUGUGUCACUACAGCAGAGUUUCCAUUGCUCCAGGAUAAUGGAACAUCUGUACACAGCCAAAAUGUUUGUCUUUGGUGGUAUCUUGACUCUACACUUGCCAAUUUACCUCUGACUGCUCAUCAUAAUAUCUUGCAAAUGCUUUUUAAAUGAAUUUUAUAUUCACAGUAUUAGAUACUUUGUAUUUAUUUCUUCUUAACAUAAUGCUGACAGUGCUCUACUUAUUUUAAGUUUGCAGCAGAAGCUGCAGCUUGAGGAAGUACCUAAACCACACCUUGAUAAGGUAAUUAUUUUAUCUUAUAGCCAUCUAUCAGCUCUACAUUAAGCAUGAUUUGCUAGGCAAGUGUUUGUAACUAUUUACACAUUAUUUAUGUAUCUAUUUCAUUUAUAAAAUGUACAUAACAAUGCAUUUGUAUCUUUUCUUUUUCACCCCUCAUAACUUGAUCAGUCAUCUUGGGGUACAGGGAAACGUGCUAAAGUCAGUCUAAUGAAUGGUAAAAAGGGAGGAAGCACAUAAGAGCUUGAAAACUUAGUAGUGCUGUGCACAUGUACAGGUAUAUUUUUACAGCAUAUUGCUUAUUUUUAACCUGCAACAUUUUAAAGACAUUACUGCUAAUGUAUUUACAAUUUUUUGUGGUUUUUUCAGUCUUAAGGCUGGAUACAUAGAAGAGCAAGCAAAACUCCAUUUGCACAGUCCUUCUCCACACCCAAAUGCAGCCCUCUGUGUGUAUCAAGCUCUCCUGAGGAUUGAGUGACCCUCUUUGCCUUAGAACCAAAUGGGAUUUUUUACAUUAGGAGAGUUGAAAGGAAAUAAUAAUAAUAAUAAUAAUAAUAAUAAUAAUAAUGGUAAAAGGUAAUGGGACCCCUGACCAUUAAGUCCAGUCGUGACCAACUCUGUGGUUGCGGCGCUCAUCUCACUUUAUUGGCCGAGGGAGCCGCUGUACAGCUUCCGGGUCAUGUGGCCAGCAUAACUAAGCUGCUUCUGGCGAACCAGAGCAGCGCACGGAAACACCGUUUACCUUCCUGCUGGAGCGGUACCUAUUUAUCUACUUGCACUUUGAGGUGCUUUCGAACUGCUAGGUUGGCAGGAGCAAGGACCGAGCAACGGGAGCUCACCCCAUCGCAGGGAUUCAAACCGCUGACCUUCUGAUCGGCAAGUCCUAGGCUCUGUGGUUUAACCCACAGUGCCACCCACGUCCCUAAUAAUAAUACAAUAAUAAUACAAUAACAAUAAACAUUUAUAUAUCCCGCCCAUCUGGCUGGGUUUCCCCAGCCACUCUGGGCGGCUCCCAACAGAAUUAAAAGCACAAUAAAAUAUUAAAAGCUACCCUGAACAGGGCUGCCUUCAGAUGUCUUCUAAAAGUAAGGUAGUUCUUUAUUUCCUUGACAUCUGAUGGGAGGGCGUUCCACAGGGCGGGCACCACUACCAAGAAGGUCCUCUGCCUGCUUCCCUGUAACUUGGCUUUUCGCAGUGAGACAACUGCCAGAAGGCCCUUGGUACUGGACCUCAGUGUCCGGGCUGGAUGAUGGGGGUAGAGACACUUCAUCCGGGCUGGAUGAUGGGGGUAGAGACAGGUAUACCAUUUAUUUCAAAGGCACAAUUUUAUGUGGACCAAAUGGAAACUAAUUUAUGAAAAAUCUCCAAUUUUAAUAAGGCUGUAUAAUAAUAUAUUGUACUAGCAAAUAAGUGAUCAGAAUUGGAUUCACAACAAACAUCAUCAUGGCAGGUGGAUUUGCAUUAGUACUGCAGUGUUCCUCAAUGUUGCCAUACUGAAGUAAACACCAUUGCUUGGCGCUGUAUUGCAUAAAGCUGUCGUGUGGUUCAGAAAUGUGUGAAAUGCCACUUGAAAUAUUUUUCAGAUAACUACCUCAGUAUAAACUACAAAUUCAAUAUAUGAUAGGAAAGUAUUGGCAGGGGAUUUCAGCUGAUACAAAGCACUAGGAGGAUGGGGCAUGUACUGAUACUAACUAUGCUUAUGUUUAGUUACGAACUUUCAGACUUAAAGCAUUCCAGGGUAUUACAAAAGCGCACAUGCACACACACGUUCUAUAUAUUUUAUGGCUUUAUUUCAUAUUGUUUUUGUACACUGCCAUGAAUAUGUAUUAAAACUUUUUAAUUAAGGUGUAUUUUGCCCUUAUUAAAGAGCUGAUCACAGCAAGUUUUACAUUUCUAUUUUCAGAGUAUUGUUACAUUCACAUUUGAAGUGCUAGGAAGCACAACUGAAGAAGAGCUAAAUGUGUUUGUUCAAGUAAGUGCUAUAUACAUUGCUUUUGAAGCAUAAUCACUUGUGAAUUUCUCUGUCAUGGAUGCUUUAGUUGAGAUUCUUGCAUUGCAGGCGGUUGGACUAGAUGACUCAGAGGUCCCUUCCAACUCUACAAGUCUAUGAAUCUGUUAUUCAUCCACUAGGCAGAGAACAGAAAAGGAAACAUGCACACUCCUGUGUAUCGCAAUAUGAAUGCCUCAUUAUUAAAAGCCCCUUUCUGUUUAUAGGAUCUUCUGUGGGAGAAGAAUGUAAAAGACAAGAGAGGUAACCCCAUGGAAGUAAUAAGACUCAAGGUUCAGUAUUCAGUCCUACCAAACUUGUUUUCAGAAGUAUUGUUUAUUUUGUUUGUAUUGUGUUUUUGUUUUUGUUUUUGCUUGAGCACAAAAAGUGAAUACAUGCACAGCAAACAUAAGCAUAAAUUACCGUAGUGUGUGUCAAUUCAGAUGUAUCUGUUGAAUCAGUAGUAUUUGAAUACUGAGAUUUAGCUUUGUUCUGUUGGAGCCAGCAGCAUGGCACUUUCCUGCAGCUAUUGGGUAACAUCUGACUCUGUAAACCUUCUGGGAGAAAUCUGUGAUAUAUCACUCCUCCCUAUACAGUGGUACCUCGGGUUAAGUACUUAAUUUGUUCCCGAGGUCCGUACUUAACCUGAAACUGUUCUUAACCUGAAGCACCACUUUAGCUAAUGGGGCCUCCUGCUGCUGCUGCCGUGCCGCCGGAGCACAAUUUCUGUUCUCAUCCUGAAGCAAAGUUCUUAACCUGAAGCACUAUUUCUGGGUUAGCAGAGUCUGUAACCUGAAGCGUAUGUAACCCGAGGUACCACUGUAUAAGCAUUACCUCUAAUCUAGGACGGUGGUGGUGUGGGAAGAAACCAUGUUGUGGGCUCCUCCAAGGCAGCCCAGGACUUCUACUAGCACCCAGUGUUGUAGAAGAGGGGCAUGCCAUGAUCACUGAGCAGGCCUUCUUAACCUAUAGCUCAGUCGGUAGAGCAUGAGGCUCUUAAUCUCAGGGUUGUGGGUUUGAGCCUCAUUUUGGGCAAAAGAUUCCUGCACUACAGAGGGUUGGGCGAGAUAACCCUCGUGGUCCCUUCCAGUUCUAUAAUUCUAUGAUUCUAUACUGUUGUCCAGUAGAAGAUUUGUGCGUACUUGUUACCUCCUCCCAUGCCCCAGUUUCCAAGGUCUGUGCUAAAUCCACCAUUCUUAAUGUGAGGACAACAUUUCCCCAGUUAUAUUGGAAUUUUUAAAAAACCCAAAGUACAACAAUAAUGUUAUAUCAUAAUAGAUCAUAUAAUUUUAUAUAAUCAAAUAGUUAUAGAAUUAUAUUUCCACUUGCAUCAGAAAUACUUUCUGUAUUUACUGUAAUGAGCUUAGCCUUUUCUCAAUCUUUCAAAGUAAUUAGAAUGAACACCAGGCAAUGUUAUUUUUGUGUGUGUGUUGGCUACAUAAUAUUACCACACCUCAAAUUAAAUCUAUAGAUACUUUCCUUUUCCAGUAACUUAUUUAUAUUCUUUCUAACCAGGGACUUGUGUCUAUCAAAAACAAACCUCAUCAGGUGAUAGUCCAAGGUGUUCAUGAGCUGUACGAUCUAGAAGAAACCACUGUAAGAUGGAAGGAGGAGGCUGAACGAACAAAUAGAUUGGUUGUAAUAGGUAAGAGCAGUAUAUACAUUUCAUAGGCCUAUUGUACAAAAUCACUAAAGAAAGCCAAAUGAUUAUACAAAAACAUAAAGAUAAUUCAUAAAAUUGUUCUUGAUACAGUACUAUGCAAGAUCUACUAAAAAACUGAGAUAAUGUCAAGUUUCUAUCAAGCUGUUAUGGUCUUUUCGGUAGUGCUGUUUGUUUCUUCUUGGCAUGUCUGUUUUUCUCUCUGUGGCCCAAGCUACAGAAGAGUGUUUUAAAAUGUGGGGUGUCUUCCAAUGACAUAUAAAGCAGGCUGUGGGGAAGAGCUAUUUAAAAGAGCAAAAAGAACACAUGAACGGAAUGACAAGUUCUCUACCUAUUUGUAGUUUAUCUCUGCAACCGUUCUUUCCUUCAGUGUGGUUCUAAAACUAGAAAUAAGCUUUAGUAGAAAAAUGCACCUAGAGGGAAGUGAAUAAUGUGUUGGCGGGGAUCAUGGUUUAGCACCCCUCAGCUUAUAAGUUAUCUGGACAGUUUUGUAUCUAAAGACUUGGAUCUGUCGUUAUCCACAAGUAAGUUUUUAUCAUGGACCUCAAUCAGUAGCAAUUGGUUCACAGCAGAGUAGCUUCACUGAUUUUUUAGGCAGACUUCUUCCUUUUGAAGUAUGGUAACUCCGGAUGCCAGGGUUUCUCUCACCUGGGUGGAGGCAGUGCAAACAAGCUUGGGGUGAACAUCUAUCUUGCCCUGUCAGAGUGUUGAAGAAAUACAACCUGUGCCAUUGAUGAUUGUGCCUGAGUCUGUAGCUGAGGCAGAUCCAAGGAACACACUGGACAGAAAAAUAACAAAGCAUCAUGCCGUAGCUACUUUUGCACCAUUUGCUGUUCGUUUAACUACCUGCUUUCCUUCCCCCAAUAGCUGCUCAACUACAAGCAGGGAGAUUAGUUAACAAAAUGAACUUUCCCAAUAUGAAUGAAGGGUUAGGAAAUAUGAGAGGUUUCAUCCCCCUAUUUUAUAUGUUCAGCUAUUUGCAAUAAUAUCCUUGUAUUGAGGUGGGAAAGAAAUUUUUUGCAGCAGGUUAGACAAGAUAAUGGGGCUAUGCUGCUCUCUUGCUGGGACACUUGCCCUGUAUCCCUAUAUCUGUCGUUUGAGUGGAACUUGGCUGUACUAAGUGUACUAAGUGCUUUCUUUCUUUCAAUAGUGUAGAUUAUUGCUUAUUUAAUAAUGCAAAAUAUUGAUUAAAAAUGUUUUUCUUUUUUGUGUUGUCCUCUCUAUAGGUAGAAACUUGGAUAGAGAUAUCCUUAAAGAUGCCUUUAUAGAUACUGUGACUAAGAGAGGAGGAAAUGGUUAA